AUGCCAUCUACUAUCACAACUAUAUGCUAUAUUACUGAUCAACAAGAAACUACUACAAGCAAAGCUCUUAUAAUUGUUAAAGCUUCUAGAGUAUUACAUCUCAGAAAUAGUACUUCUCCCUUAAAUAUCUUUUUAGUCGAAUUUUAUUUUCAAAAUGAUGAUACCACAGAUUCAAUAUUAACAAGUUUUUUAUUUAAAGAUGUAGUUUUAGUAUUCAGAAAGUUUAGAUUUGUUGAAGAUAUAGAUAAAACUAGGAAGAAAUUUCUUAUCUUAAAA